AUGGACACAAUCAGAAUAACCAAAGUGGACAAUGUGGUUUUGGAACACUACAUACCGCCUACGACGAGUGAAGGGGGACCUAGUAAAGUUAGAAAGACAGGGACGAUCCAUUUAACACCUCAUCAUCUGAUAUUCUGCGAGAAUUCAACGGAAGUCUCGACGCAGCGGAAGAAUGAGACUGACCUCAAGCAAGAUAAGAAUAAGACCGAGGAGAUUUGGAUACCUUACCCGACAAUUACUCUGCUCACGAAAUUACCGCAAUCCAUUCAAGGUGCUUAUCCACUCAAGAUCGAGACGAAGCAUUUCAAGAAUUACGUGUUCCUCUUUGAGAAAGAUAGAUCGAUGGGUAAGAGUGGAGGUGCCGAGGAUGUUUGGCAGAGUAUAAAAGAUUCAGCAGUGAAGACAUCGGUUGAACAAUUACACGCAUUCUUCUAUACAUCCCCUCCUUCAUCAUCGACUGCGUCCACGUCUGUAGCUUCAACCUCAAUAGGCUGGUCAACGUAUAACCCCCGAACGGAAUUUGCCCGUCAAGGUCUAGGAAGCAAAACGAAAUCAUGGAGGUUCACCGAUAUAAACAAGGAUUAUUCAUUCUCACCCACCUACCCAAGUAAAAUGGUCGUACCUACCAGAAUAUCAGACUCGACGCUGAGUUACGCAAGUAAAUAUAGGAGUAAGGCGAGAAUACCGGUUCUGACGUAUCUGCAUUGGGGUAAUAAUGCAUCCAUAACUCGUUCUUCACAACCUAUGGUCGGACUGAAGAACUCCCGUUCGGCCCAAGAUGAACGUCUAGUAGAAUGUAUUUUCUCUUCACACUUAUAUCCCGAAGCGGCAUACUCUGCUCCAGUGUACGGAGCGACUACCACCAAUCUCAUCAUUGACGCUCGACCAACCACCAAUGCGAUGGCUAAUGUAGCUAUGGGAGCCGGAACGGAGAAUAUGGAGAAUUACAAGCUUGGUAAAAAAGCGUAUCUCGGUAUAGACAAUAUACACGUCAUGCGGAACAGUCUCAAGAUCAUCAUUGAAGCAAUCCGAGAAGCCGAAUCUAAACCUGCUGGAUCAGCCAUUUCUGGUUCUGGAGUAUUGGAUAGAACGUUAUUGCGAAAAUCCAAUUGGUUGAAACAUCUUUCGACGAUAUUAGAUGGAUCAUUAAUGAUAAUCAAAAACAUACAUUUAAACGCUUCUCACGUUUUGAUUCAUUGUUCGGAUGGAUGGGAUAGGACUGCUCAACUCAGUGCUAUAUCUCAGAUAUGCCUGGAUCCAUAUUAUAGGACUAUCGAGGGAUUUAGCGUAUUGGUCGAAAAAGAUUUCUUAUCAUUUGGACACAAAUUCUUAGAUCGAUCGAAUCACCUAUCAUCCGAAAAAUACUUUAUCUUAUCUGAGAAUGAAAUUUCAUCAGACGAUGAGGAAGAAGAUACCCCGAAUGGAGCAGCAGCCGCAAAAGCCGCACAAGCAUUUUUCGCAUCUGUACAAAAGCAAUUCACCAAUUCAACCCAAUCUCACUCACACUUGAAAGAGAUUUCACCUGUUUUCCAUCAAUUUUUAGAUUGCGUCAGACAAAUCCAAAGGCAGUUUCCCGAAAGAUUCGAAUUCAACGAGAAGUACCUGUUGGAUAUUUACCAACAUUUGUAUUCAUGUCAAUUCGGAACGUUCUUGUUUAAUAAUGAAAAACAGAAAAAUCAAUAUACCUCUUUAACCAGGUCGAUAUGGGAUUAUACGAAUCAACAUAAAGAGAGAUAUGUGAAUAAGGAGUUUGAUAGUGAUUUGGAUAAGAAGAAUGAUGGUGAUCAAGGUGUAUUGUUAUAUGAUCCGAAAGAUGUCAAAUUCUGGUUUAGAUUAUUUAGAAGAGGAGAUGAAGAGAUGAAUGGAUCGCCAAUAGUACUUAACCAGCAAGCUCAAGGGGUAGAUGUCGUAGGACCGAUAAGUACGAAUUCGCAAGAUCCAGUAACUUUACCUAGUAAUCCGAUCCGAUCAAUCUCGCCUUUACACGACAGUACUGGCCAAACACCCAUUCGGAGGGAUAUGUCGACUUCGCCAUCUUCUGGUGGUGGUUGGAAUUGGCAACAAUUAUCUUCUGGAGCGUUCAACGCAGUGCAAAAUGCCGGUAGACAGAUAAAGAAUAUAUCUCAAGAUGCUUAUAAUCAAUUGAAAGCUGAGGCUGGAGAGAUAGAUGGAUCGGAUCCUUGGGAUAGUGGUAUCGGUAGAUCAGGAGUGAUGGGAAGUGGUCCAAUUACCAGUGCAAGUGGGAAUGGAAAUGGAUUAGAAGACCGGAAAGAAUAUAAACCGUAUACUUAUACUCCGAGGACGAAUUUAAGGAUACCUUCUGAGAGUAACCCUUGGUCAAUUGGUAAUACUACUUCUACUUCUGCUUUACCGAGCGUAAUCAACCCUAAUUUCAACAUAACGACAACAAUACCAGAUUCGAAUGAUGCACGACCGACUGUAAAUAGGUUGAAUAGUAAUUCCAACUCGAAUCCAUGGUCUACCGAUAAACCUCCCGCCACCUCGACUUUGCCCAGACCUAAUUCAGAUAAGGUAGAAAGAAAUUUAUCACCUUCCUUAGCUGAUUUGUCCCUGAACGAGAACACGAACUCCACACCGAAAUCGACAACGACGACGGACGAAGAGAUGAUAAGAGCUGCUAUGGGUGAAGAUAAGAAAGCUUGGGAUCCUCUUGGGGCUUUGUAA